GUGUCUGUGUAGCACUGCGCGUGCGCUAUCCGCACGCGGUUCCGGGUUCGUAGAUCUGCAGAGCCGCUGGGGCUCGGUUGGUUUAGAAAGCUGCUUUUAGUGUUCCUCCGGUUCCCAGAUCGCCCACCUUGUCAUAUAGAGGUGGCCGGGGGUAGGGAGUGUGGCCGCUAGAUCAAGUUGGGAGUGGCAGCGCCGGGCUUCGAACUCGCGUUCCGCGAGUCAUCCUAGAACUGUGAUGACUCAGUCUUUGGUUUGUCCGGACACUGUGAGCAGGGUCAGUUCUGUGCUCAAUCGCAACAGCCGGCAAUUUGGAAAGAAACAUCUUUUUGACCAGGAUGAAGAGACGUGCUGGAACUCUGACCAGGGCCCCUCCCAGUGGGUGUCACUCGAGUUUCCCCAGUGUGUUCAGAUCACACAGCUGCAGGUGCAGUUCCAGGGUGGCUUCUCCAGUCGCCACAGCUGCCUGGAAGGUUCACGGGGUGGGGAGGCACUCAGCAAGAUUGUAGAUUUCUACCCUGAGGACACCAAUGCCCUUCAGACCUUCUCCAUCCCCACAAUGGAGGUGGACCGACUGAAGUUGACUUUUGAGGACACCACCGACUUUUUUGGCCGUGUAGUCAUCUACCACCUGCGGGUGCUGGGUGAGAAGGCAGGGUGAGAAGCGGCUAUUCUUCCAGGAAGCCCCCCUGGGAGGCACCCUGAAGACCUUCAAGUUCUGCACAGAUUUAUUGGUUCCUGUUGCGGAGGGCUCUUCCCACCACUGUCCAGGAGCUGCCUUUCAAGCCAGUUGUGGGCUGACUGUCCCUGAGUGCCUGGGUUCCCAGCAGGCUGUCUUCACUCGGGGUCCACAGGCCCCAGGGUGCUCUGGAACAAUCUGAGGAUGUGGCUCUCCAUCACCUGUUGCACUGUGGGAGGAGGUGGGAGGAGGGGUGAGCUGGGGGAGCCGGGAAGAAGGGACUGAAGAAGAUGCUCAGCCUCUGAUGUAAACAGGAGGCCGUGAGCAGGAAACUGUCCAGCCAAGUGCUUUUCUGCUUUUCUGUUCUUGCUGGGCUGGGCUCACUACCUUGAGAAUAGGUUGCUUUAAGGCAAGGUUUGCCUGUCUCCCUUCACUCCUGUAUCCCACCCACCCUCCGAAUUGUAGCUCUCUCUGCCUCCAGAACCAUGAGUCCAAAUAAAAUGUUAAAAAAAACCAAA